UGGCCGGAAAGUCCGCUGUGUUUUACAUUUUGGGACUGGAUUACGGGGGGUGCUCGGCAGUGAGGGAGGGAGGAGUUGGGUGUUGCCUCUGUCUCUGAGCCCUAGUACGGAUUCCCAGUCGAGAUUCAGCCCGUUACACGCCGCGACACCUGGCCUGCUACUGCCGCUGUCCUGUGAACUCAGUACCCGAAAAUACCCGACUAACGGACCACCAUGGGAGUCGAAGGCUGCACAAAAUGCAUCAAGUACAUGCUUUUCUUGUUCAACUUCAUCUUCUGGCUUGCCGGAGGUGUCAUUCUGGGCGUGGCCCUGUGGUUGAGACACGACCCCAAGACCAGCAACCUGCUGGUACUGCAGAUUGAUGGAAAUCAGGCCCCCAACACCUUUUACAUCAGUGUACACAUCCUGAUUGCAGUCGGCGCAGUGAUGAUGGUGGUCGGCUUCCUCGGUUGCUAUGGCGCCAUCCAGGAGUCCCAGUGUCUGCUGGGAACGUUCUUCGCCUGCCUCAUCAUCCUGUUCGCCUGCGAGGUUGCUGCUGGAAUCUGGGGCUUCAUGAACAAAGACACUGUUGCCACGGAGAUGAUCAGCUUCUACGACUCUGCGUAUGAGAAGGCCAUGACCUUCUCAGCGUUACCAGGAACAGAGAAGGACAACAAGGAGAAGGACGCCGUCAACGCUGUGCUCCGGGUCUUCCACGAGACGCUGAACUGCUGUGGUCAAGGCAAGACGACGUCUAUCCUCACACAAUUCACAGACUCCGUGGGCCUGACUAAGCUCUGCCCCGCCGCUGGAACCCCAGUUGGUUGCCACCAGAGGAUCGAUGAGCUGUUCACAGAUAAGAUCGGCAUGAUCGGCAUCGCCGCUCUGGUGGUCGCAGUUAUUAUGAUCUUCGAGAUGAUCUUCAGCAUGGUGUUGUGCUGCGGGAUCCGAAACAGCCCGGUGUAUUAAAGCGAGGGGCCGGCAGCCCGCUGGAGGAGGGAGGACCCCCGCGUUUCCGCCUCGCUCUUUCCCUUUUUUCUCUUAUAAGCAGGAAACGUCACGUAUUAUAUUGCUUGCUGGAUUUAGUCCGCUCUUUGAGAAGACAGCGUAACACAUCCUCCAUUGAGCAUUUGAAUUACACUGUCCAUUCUUUUGUUGUCGGUUACACAUGCUGGUUUGCAUAUUGGACCCAUGCUACCCUAACCUGAUAUGUAGAUAUUAUAUCACACCAGUCACCAGUCCUGGUGCAUUAAUACUUUAGUGAUGCAUUAGUUGUUUACUGCUUCCUCGCGUAUGAACAUGCUCUUAUAUUCUUGGUUUUAUGGAUGUUUUUUCACUGUUUUAUGUAUAAACUGUAUAUAAAUAUAUAUAUUAACAGUGCUUAUGACUGCCUCAGCAUGGAAAUUGUAUUACAGCAGAUCCUUCUCCUGUAUUCUUCCUGCACUCUGCUUGUUUGUCUCGCUCUAGACUGAACCAGAUGAUGGUGUGUGUUCAGCACCAGACCACAUUGUGUGGUGUGUGCAGGAACUGACUAAAGAAGGAAUUCUCAGUUCAUCUUGGAAGCUGGAACCAAAGUCAAAGUGACCCGAUGUCUGUCAUGUUGGACCUGUGGAGUGUUUUGUCUUUGGCUGUCUGUCGCUCAUCAUGUGUCCAAACUGCCUGAGUGCUAAGUUGUAUAAAACAUUUAUGGAAGGGUAAUACAAUUGGAUCAAAUGAAAUCAAGUAAUGUACGUUCAAAACACACUUUGGCUUGUUUGGCCGGCUCGGCUUAUAAAUCCUCACCUGCAUCUCAAAUGUAGUGAAAAGGUUUCAUAUGAAUAUCAUGAAAGUCUGCAUAUCGUUUGUAUAAUAUGCUUAGCAGGCAGGAACAUGUCACCAGGCUUUUGCUGCUCUGAGAAAUCAUUAGUUCACCUUUAGGAAUUAGUUUGAUGUAAGUGGAUACAAUUAUUACAAAUUAUACAUUUAAAAGGUUUUAUACAACUGUGCACUUAUUUGUGAAGGCAACGUGCUUAAUGUUAUAAUCAUCUCUCUGACCCUCUAUGACCCAUCACAUUUAAACUAAAAUCAAGUUGGUGGAAAUAUCUGGUUGAGUCUAGUCCGGUCUCAUGUGACCUGCUGUGUCAUUGUACUAUCUCUCCAGAUACUACCCUUAUCAUCACCAUCAAUCAAACUGUGAUAUAUAUGGAGGCCCAUUCCUGCCAGCAAAAAAAAAAAAAAAAAAAGUUAACCAGCCGAGACUCCGGGUAUUUAACCUGAAAAGAUGAAUAGUUCCAGCUUCACUCUGUUACUUUGUUAUUAAUCCCUUACCAAGAAGUAUUCAACUAUCAUGUUGUAACGUCAGUCUAACAAAUUGAUGUCACGGCUGUUGGAUUGGCUGUUUGCUGUUUACAGUGGUAAUAUGUGUACUAUAGGGCAGGUCAGUGACAUUGAAGGCAUAGUUUGGAUGUGUUUAGUGUUGUUGUAUGAGAAGUCAGUAGAGUGGAGGGUGUUUGGCAGACGCCCAGUUUGAAUAGAACAAAGUUACAGUACAGAAGCUAAGCUAUCUACUGCUGUGGAGCUGCAAAACAUUUGUUAUCCACUUAAAAGAAAGGCCUACCUAUUAAAAUCAAAAUAAGUUUGGCUAUAUUUCUCUUGACCUUGCCUGCAGAUGGCCCAUUCCAACAGGAAACACCAGACUCCACUGACAAAAACGGUUAUUUUGGCCUUCAGAACAUGGGAGUUUCUUAAUUCAGUAGUUUAUUUCUGUUAUUGUGUGACGUUGGUACGUUUACAAAGUCACACAAGAACACAAACUAACUGAUACAGUUGUAUAGAUGCAGUUUUUGUCAAUGGAGUCUGGUGGCUGAAUACAGCGUCCAGUUCAAUUGAUAUUGACUUUUUCAGUGGGGCCUCCAUUUUAGAGCACUAAAAAAGGUUUUGCUUCUCAAAACAUGGGGGGUGCCAACCACCAUCCACUGGAAGUAGGAUAAGAACCUCAUACAACCCUACUUCUAACAUAUCCAAACUAUCCCUUUAAUGUUAGUGUUGAACCACAAAUCAGUCAUAACUGCCUGCUGGAGUUCAGCCAAUCAGAAAGCCCCACCUUUAAGUGAACAUGCUGUUUAUUUGGUGCAGCAGGGUAUGUAGCUGGAUACUGUUCUGUCCUGAGGUCUGUUCCCACUAGCUCCUGCUGCCGCUGACACUAACACACACCUGCACACAUCCAUCACACACUCACAUCAUCUUGUGUAACCUUCCAUAUUAUCACAGCUUUCCUCAACCAAGUAAAACCUUGUUAACAUCUCAUACUUAAACCAAGAAACAGUAAAAGUGUCUUGUAAUAUUUACAGCUCUGACGUAUUAAUGAAAUCAUGAAGGCUGUAGAAAGACAAUGUAUGCCUUUUUCUUCUUCUUGUAUUGUGAUAUCAGUGUUUGGUACGUUGUCAAAGGAGUCUGCGCAGAGAGGGGGAGAUUCGGUGCCAGUGGUGAAUAGUGACCUUCAAUAGUUUCUCCCCAGAAAUCAUUGGACAACAUGACAACAGCCACCAGUCCAGUAUUCUGAAUACUUCUGUGUUUGUCAGGACCUGCUGUCCAUGUUGCUGCCUUUUUAAAAACAGGAAGUGACUCUCAGGAUCCUCUGCCACUGAAAUCUCAACCCCUCUCUCUCUUGUAGACUUUGGUUUGCCCAAAUAUAAAGGGAUUAAAUGUAUUUUACAAAUAAACAA